AUGGAUUCAAUAUACCUGUCUUUGUGGGAUUCUUAUGCUGAUCGGAUUUUAGAGCACUGGGAAAACAGAGAACAACAUGGUGUUAUUGUUGUCAUUCUGCAGUUUGCUACACUGAAGUACUUUGGUCGUUUUGGUUAUGUUAACAGCUGUUUCAAUGUUUCAAAGCUUUUCAUCAAUUCUGAUGUUGAUGAAAUGACUUCUUUUCGUAACAGGCUUAUUACAAACUUUGCUGCUUCUUCAUGUUCGAGUCAAUCUUCUCGGCUUUCUGGAAUAUUUUUGUCAUUGUAUGAUGAGUAUGUUGUUAGAUCUGAUUUCAACAACAUAACUGAAGUAAAUCUCAAUCAGGCCAAGUAUGUUGUUGUUGGUACUGUUCAAAAGAUAUCCGAAGAUUUGCCAUGGUAUUAUUUUGCUUGUAAAGCUUGUAACAAGAAGGUUUUCCAAAAAGUUAAUAAUGAUACACCUACGGUUGGUGUCUUGGUUGAUGAAGAAGAGGUUUAUGAGUGCAAAACGGCAACUUGCAAGGACACUGUGAUUCAAUAUACUCAAAGGCUUAAAAUUCCAUUGACUGUUCAAGAUUCAAGUGGAACUGUGUCAUUGACAUUGUUUGACAGAGAUGCUUGCCGAAUUCUAAAAACAACUGCAGCUAACUUAAUUGAGAAACAUGUUGCUGGUGGUGAUAAGGGUCUCUAUCCUGACGAGUUUGAAGCUCUUUUGGGGAAAAAAUUUGCAUUUAAGAUUGAUAUAAGUGAGUUCAACAUUGAAAACAACUUUUGGUUUUUUGGUGUUUCUAAAUUGACUGAUGAUGAGGAUAUCAUAUUUGAGCUUGAGAAGAAAGCAAACAACAUUGAGGUGGAAAAGUCUGCUUCUUUGAACAACAGGUUCACUGAUAUGGAUUCAGAAGAUACUGUUAACCUGAAUGAUGAUAACUCCACUGAUGUUAUUAUGGGAGUCACUGUUGGUACCAAAUCAAACGAAGACGUCAAAUCGAAGGUUGCUACUGAGUCCAUGGAUGAUAAUGUCAUCACCCCUUUGGCCAAAAAUUUGGAUGACACUGCCAUGGCAAGUAAGCCAUUUGGCCUGCGAUCUUUAAGAGGAAAACCAAAAAACAUGCUUUCAAGAAAAACUUGGUUGAGAGUUAUGAUGUUGAUGAAAAUGGAGAAAUGUCAACCACCAAACCAGUUAAACCUGGGAAACCAACUCUCCUAA